GUGGCCGAUGGUUGGGUGUUUUAAAUUGUUCACAUAACUAGUGAACAAAUAAAGAAAAAAGUCUAUUAUAAUAUGAAAACAAAAUUAAUAGAAAUUAAAAAAAAAAAUAGUUUCUAAAACAAAACGAAAAAAAAAAUAUAUAAAAAACGCAAUUAAUCAAGCAUAUCAAUUAACUAGCAUAAUACUAAACGAAAUACAUAAUAACUAACGAAAAAGCAAAUAAAAUAAGAAAACAAAAUCAGGAUACGGUUGAAAGAACUUCAAAACGGAUUUGGCAUAAAUUAAUUGAAAUUGCGUAAAGAGGAAGGGAAAUAAGAAAAUAUAUGUGUGUGUGUAUAGAACACAAGUUAAAGAGUGCGUUUGUGUGUUUUAUUGGAGUGUUACUAUGAUGAAUAUUAAAGAAUAUGAGAAAAAAGUGGUUGUAUUUAAUUACCGUUACCAGGUCAAUCAAAGGCGAUAUUACAAAAUAUAAAAAAAAAUAAAGUAAACAACAAAAACAACAAAACAAGAAUUUCCAUUUAAUUAACAAAACACGCAUAUUUAACAAAACAAAAUUGUUAUAUUAACACACAUAUCAUUGAAUGUAAAAAUUUAAUUGAAUAAAAAGCAAAUCUAACAAAAAUCUGCUCAAAUUAAUAAGAGAAAAAAUGUAGUUAAUAAAAAUAUGUAAAAUGUAAUGAAAGAAAUUAAUAAAAAGAAAAUUUUAUAAAACAAAGUUUUAAAAAUGUAUAAGAAAGUGCAUUAAAACACAAUUUGCAUACAACUGGCAUAAAUUAAGCAAAAAAAGGAGAAAAAAAUUAAGAAAAAUAAAAAAAGAAGAAAAUUGUUGAUGAAAAAGUUUUUAUUGCCAUUAAGAGAUUAUAGUUAAAAAAAAAAACAACAAUAACAAACAAAAUUAAAGUAAAAAAACAAAGAAUAAAACACAAAAAUGACAAAACUUCUGGAAAUGACAUUUUUAAUUCAUCUGCUAGAUUUGCAUUUAACACCGACUGUGUUCUCGUCCUCAUCGUCGUCAUCGUCACAUUACGGUCGUGCUCAGAAAGUUAAACACUAUGCUGGUGGCACUACCUACCAUCAUGCCACAGAUGUUGGGGCAACUUCUCAUCCCACCGAUGCACUGGCUGCACACUCUAAUAAUGGACGUCAGCGUAAAUUGGAACAUGUGGAUAAUGUUAGCAGUAAUCUUUAUGCCAUGAUUGAUAAUCCCUCCAUAUCGGAGGAAUAUUUGGAUCCCUUUAAUGAUCCUUUGCAACAGUCCGCGGACAAUACAUUGAUUAUUAAUCAUCAACAGAUGAGUACGUGUCAGACAGUUUGUGCCUGCAAGUGGAAAGGUGGCAAACAGACGGUGGAAUGUAUUGAUCGUUUGCUUACUCGCAUACCCGAUAAUAUAGAUCCCUCUACCCAGGUAUUGGAUAUGUCGGGCAAUAGACUGCAGACUCUGCUUAAUGAGCAAUUUGUUCGCGCAAAUCUUUUGAAUUUACAAAAACUGUAUUUGCGCAAUUGUCGCAUAGAACACAUUGAACCGCAAACCUUUAAGGGUCUUACAAAUCUGGUGGAAUUAGAUUUGUCACAGAAUCUUUUAAACUCAAUACCCUCCAUGGCGCUUAGCUAUAUUUCUUCCUUAAGAGACUUGACCAUAGCUUCCAAUCGUAUACAAAAGGUGGAACCCAAUGCUUUUAUUGACACCCCAGCUCUGCACAAAUUGGAUUUAUCUCAUUGCGAUAUACAGCAAAUAGCUCCGCAGGCUUUUGAGGGUUUAGAGGGUCUAACACUGUUGCGUUUGAAUGGCAAUAAGUUAAGUGAAUUGGUGGCCAAGACCAUUGAAACUUUGAGCCGUUUGCAUGGCAUUGAAUUACACGACAAUCCCUGGAUGUGUGAUUGUCGUUUGCGUGAGGCCAAGUUGUGGCUUAUGCAAAAGAAUAUACCCUAUCCGGUGGCUCCAGUAUGUGCGGGUGGACCCGAACGUGUUUUAGAUCAAACUUUUGCCGAACUCAGUAUAGAUGAUUUUGCCUGUAAACCAGAGCUUUUGCCCUCCAAUCAUUAUGUGGAAGCUACUAUGGGCGAGAAUGCCUCGAUAUUGUGUCGCGCCAAAGCUAUACCAGCGCCUACUGUUAAUUGGUAUUGGAAUGGUCGUUUGUUAACCAAUAAUACAGCCUUUAGUUCCCAUCAACGUUUGCAUAUAUUCGAACAUGGUGGUUUUGAGAAGACUUCACGUUUAGUGCUGACCAAUGCCCAGGAAAUCGAUUCCAGUGAGUUCUUUUGUGUUUCGGAAAAUCGUGCCGGUUCCACGGAGGCCAAUUUUACAUUGCAUGUUAAAAUGCGUGCGGCCGGCAUGGCUUCUCUAGGCAGUGGCCAAAUAGUGGGCUUAAGCGCUGCCUUGGUGGUGCUGAUAUUAUUUGUUUUACUAUUUGUUUCCUUUCUACUAAUGCGUCUAAAGCGAGAACCUUAUAAUGCUAGUAAAACACCCAAUCAUAUGGAGGUUAUUACCAGCAUUAACCAGCAGAAUAUGAUUAUCAAUAAAACCCAGGCCAAUGGCACGGUUAAUAAUACCAAUUCUUCCCUGGGGGAGGUGAAAAUAAGCGACGAAACCAUACAUUUAGAUAGUGCGGGUACGGAAAAUGCCAAUCCUUUGCAGAAACCGCCACGUUUAACGGAUAUGACUUAUGCCACCAGUAGUUAUGAUAAAGCCGGCAGUGUUUUGGUAACAGCGCCCUGUUUCAUUUCACCUACCGCCUCUGCGGGCAAUAAUCCAGAUUUGAUUAAUGACACUAAACGUUAUGAGGGAGAAGAGUUUUCCGAUUUGAAAAUACCACCCAUACUAACAAAAGCCUUGGCUACCGAUCUGGCCAGCUUGACUACCAAUGGCGAAUAUAAAAGAGCGGGCGGCUGUGAUUCUUUAUAUCCCUCGGGUCUGUGGGAGGAUAUAACAUCCGUGAACUGUACUUCCUCGGCAGAUGAUUUGUUCCUAAGACGUUAUUCCGAUAAGACACCCAUAAUGGAUGCCACACAACUGUACGACAUGCAUGAUGGCAGCACUAGUAAUGAUAAUUUCAGUAAAACCUUUCCACGCACCAGCUUUAAUCACAAUCUGCAGUCGAAUGAUGGCAGUUGUAAUAUAAAUACCGAAUCUACUGCCUCUACCACUACCACUAAUCUUUCGAAUUCUGGUUCGGGCAUAGUAAUGGGUGGUUAUCCCAAUGAUUAUGGCUUGCCGGUGGUGCCUGGAGCCGAACUGCAGCUUAAUCAUCAUAUGCAAAUGAAUUCUUUGCAAAAACAACUUUUAGGCGGUACUUUGGGACGAACUAGUGUUAGUAAUCCUUUAAGUAGGGCCACCCUAAUGUCCAGCAAUAAUGGCAAUGGCAGCAGUAGUAGUCCACCGUUUACCAGUCGAACGUUGCCAAGGCAAAAACCCACUACCAGCUAUGAAGCCAAUAGUUCACGCAGCUCACCGGUACACAAUAAUGUCUUAGUAAAUCCAGCCUCGAUCAAUGCCAAAACGAUACGUGUGUGGCAGAAAGGAGGAGUACCCGUUCUACCACCUGUUACCGCCAUCAAAAGAGCCUUAAUUAGCACGAGUCGUAGUUCACCCGAUGAGGGCUAUCAAGAGGGCUGUGGCACCGAUGUGUAAACUAUUAAAAAAAACUAAAAAAAACUCUAUAACUCAAAACUUUCCUACUGUACAAGUUAAAAAACAAAAAAAAAAAAAAAAAAAACAAAUAAUACAAAUUACGCUUUGUAAAUGAAGAAGUUAGAUGAAUGUUUUACGCAGCAUCUCAUUUUGCGCCUGACUGAAUUUAGUUGCAUCUAUACUUCAUCAUCGUUAACGAUACUUGUAUAAGCAAUAAUCAACUCUAAACUUAAGUAUUAUUGUCAUCUUCAUCAUUAACAACAUCAUCAUCAUCAUUAUUAACAUCAUUGACAUUUCAUCUAAGAAGAAAAGAAGAAAAAAAAACCAAAACUCAUUAAUGGAUUGUGGACUGACUGAAAGUUAUAAAUUUAAAAAAUUAAUGUUUAAAAAUUUGAAAACAAACAAACAGAUACGCUCAUGUUGCGUGUCAACAGGAUUGUGAUAGUGUAUGCGUAAAUAGAUAAUAAUUUUUGUAUAAAAAUAUAUAAAUAAAAAUUAUAAUAAAAAAAAUUUAAAUUAAAAAAAAAAGAAAUGAAUUAAUUACCUUAAAUUAAAACAACAUUAGGAUAAAUAACAACAAUAAUUGCAGCAAAACAAAUUAUGUUUAUUUUUUUUUAAAUAAAUUAAAAAAAAAAAUUACAGCUACACCCCCCUCUUCCCUACUCUCCCCAUAACACCCACAAACUAUGUAAAACAAAAUUAUUAAGGAAAUUAUGCAAAAAUGUUUAAACUGUAACAAAAAAAGGUUAAUUAAUUCUACUUACAUACAUAUGCACCUAAAAUCGUAUGUAUGUAUUUGUAUAAAAUAAAUUUCUCUUAAUUUUUGUAAUUAUAUAUUUGUAGCUAAUAACUGCACAUUAUUAUUAAUAUUAUAAAUAUAAAAUAUUUAAUUAUGAUUAUAAGUUAUAAUGUAAAUUAUCUUCCAGUGCUAAAGAAGACACACACACACAUACACUUACACUAGUAAACUAAAACUUAAAACUUGUUUUGAAACAAAUGUUCAACAAAUUUUCUUAAGAAAAACAUUAACAUAUCACCUACACUUAUAAACAAAACAUAUCACUCACAUAUACAUACUUACAUACAUACAUAUAAACAAGUUACCCAACAGUUUAAAUUUACAUAUGUAUGUAUAUGUACAUUGUUUACCCUUUAAGCUACCAACAAGGCUUUAACUAACACUAAACCCAAGGUUCAAUUGCAGCUAAAGUGUUGAUUAAGGGGGGUAAAAAGCUUCUAAACUAAAAAAGUUACAUCAAAAAUGUUACACUCAACGUUGUUUUUUCAAAAUAUAAGCGGUUAGGUGUCUGGUACUUUUUUCGAAAUUCGUUAUUUUGGUACUUUUUUUCUUAAACCGUAAGCAAAUAUGGAAAUAAUAUCUAUAUCACAUUUGUGACCCAUUGAAACAUUACGAAAACAAGUUUGGUACUUUUGAGAAAAUACGAACGUUUAAGGGUUUAAAAACGUACUUAUUUUUGGUACAUUUUUCAUAAAAUAUUGUUUUCUAGUUAUUGGUUUGUACGGCCCUAAAUCAGCAAUGCCCCGUUAGCAUCCUUAUCGGAAUUCUUAAGACUGCCUCUAUCCAGUUCUAUAAGUUUUUUGGUAGCCCCCAUAUCAAGUUUUGGCCAUAGGGGCCUUUGAUACUUUGCAAUUCAAUCAACUAUUCCAGAAGUGGUUUAUGAUGUCACGUGACAAAUAAGUCACUAUUUACCGUAGUGGCAGUUCGGAAGCCUGUAUCAUCUCAAGCUUUACUGCUGGGUUAAUGACGCUACAUUUGAUAAUGGUCCAAGUAGUUCUCGUUUCCACAAUUGACAACUUUCACGGCCUCAACCCAGUCUGCACAUCUUCCGAGCUACCCUAAAAGAAGGCGAUUUCAUCAAUCAGCCUACUUUCAAUUGAUUGCCAGAAGUCGGUACUGAUCCUCCAAUCUGGAUCAUUCCGAUCAAUGAUGCCACUUAAAGGCAUAUAUACUGGUUUACUUCUUCACCCUCUUGCAGGAUGAAGAAGCUUGAUCAUGCACAGAUCUGGCUCUCUUAAUUGUCUCCUUACGGGGACCUUUAGAGACCUCAGACUCUUUGAAGUGUUUGGUGACUUUGACACCACUGGUUUGGAUGGUCAGUCACUACCAGAGCCCUUUCCCUUACUGACAUUCUUGCAAAGAUCAGUAGGAGUAUGGGCCGGAAGUUUACCGUCCUCUUUAGCUUUCCUGGUGCCGUGGCCAACUUGCUAGGGUUUUUGGGAGGUAAUUUGUUACUUUUAUAAAGCGUACUUUUUGCACAAAUGAAUAGUACUUUUCAUAAAAGCAGAAUUUACAAGAAUUUCAACAAUCAUGGUUCGCAUGAUGAUAUUUUUAUAUGACAGAACUUUUUGGUACUUUUUUGUUCCUUAACUGGUACUUUUUUAAAUUACUUCUUAAAAUUACGAAAAAUAACCAAACAUCUAACUUCAAUAUAAUAAUUGCAAGCUAUAACCACCAACUGCAUUACUUUGGUUUUGUAAAGUAACUAGUGUUUGUUAAAGCGAACACAGAAAUCUAUUUUAAAGCUUAAGAGUAAACUAAAAGUUGUUGUGUAUUAUGUAAGAGAAAAAAGCUCACCUUUAAACUUCCAACACUGCAGGGUUUUGUCAGAUACCAAAUUUUCCAAAUAUACACUAACAGUAUACACCGUAUGUAGGUUUGUAUGUGUAUUUCUGUAACAAAAAUUCAUCUGUUAAAAUGUAAUUCUAUACAGCAUUAGUAACAACAUUCAGAACGAAGUACAUUCAUUUAUUCAUUCAUUUAUACAUCCCAUUCAUAAAAAAAUAAAAACAAAAGCAACAAUACAUUCAUACAUAUGUACAUACAUAUGUAUGGACAUUAGGGUGUUACGAACAUAGAAGUUGCUGAUGUUCCCAUCUAAAAUUGAAAUUUAGUACUUUCUAAGAUAACAUUUCUAAAUAUCUUCUGUAGUGAUCUCAAUAUUCCAUGAGCUGGACAAAGGAUAAAAAGGACCUUUUUGAGCUUUUUAGGAUCUUUUCAAUAUUUCUUGGAAAGACGCUUUCAAUGUAAUUUCGAACAGUUUUCAUAAUAAAGCAUUUAAGUUGACCUGUAGUUUGAUUACAAGGUUUACAAGCCCUAUUCGGGGGUUUAGUUGUAUGGGGGAUAGGUGAAAUUAUAGACCUAUCUUAACCAUUUUUAAUAGGCUUCGUCCCUAGGACAAUAGAAGAUCUUGUACCAAAUGAAUUAUCUUCGAAAUUGCGACAUGUAGUUUGAUUACAAGGUU